UGUACGCCAAACAAAUAUUGUCAAAUGUGAAGUGUACGAGCAAAGUUGCGGUUUUCACAAUGUUAAAGUUAACGGAACGAGAAAAAAUAGAAAUUCUGUGCAUGGUUGGAUUUGGUGAUAGAACCCGUAAUCAAAUAGAAGUUGCUCAAUUAUUCAAUGAAAUCCAUCCUGAUCGUCCUCCGAUAUGUCAAAAAGUGGAUAUUCAGCAGCAGCACUCUUAGCCAUCCUUUUUGCACUGCCCUUCGCAUGGAGGGUUUUGGUCCACCGGGAGCACGGUCAUUGGGAAGAUCCCAUACCUGCACAUUAUUUUGCACACUUGGAAUUGUUUUUAGGUAACGGUUGCCUAGGAAUAGGAGUGAUGAUGCUCCUAGCGUUAACGCUGGAACGCUACGUGAGCGUUUGCCAUCCAGGACACGCCCGACCGAUCCUAGGAUCGCCUAUUAGAGCCGUCAUCCUAAUUCCCAUCAUAACCUUCAUCAUGUACAUUCCCAUAAUGUUUAGAAGUUUCGUGAAAACCUGUAGGCUGGUUCCUGAUGGCAAUGUGAUAUACCAAAGAACUGAGAACACCGCUUUUAUUACACAUCCCGCUUAUAGUGUAUAUAAGAUUGUUUUGGAGAUGAUUUUUAAGGUUAUUCCUGUUAUUUUGUUGGCGGCGUUAAACCUCAGGAUUUUAAUAGUUUAUAGGCGGUCUUGUGAAAAACGCAGAAAAAUGACUCUAAGCAGGACAACUUCAGGUGAAGAAGAUCCCAGAAAAUUUGCAGAAGAACGGAGACUAGUCCUCCUUUUAGGGUCCACAAGUAUUUUAUUUUUAGUAUGUGUAACACCCAUGGUCAUCCUAAAUGUUACUCUCUCGGAUGUUAAUUUAUUGAAAUAUCCUUAUCAGGUGUUUCGAGCCAUCGCCAACCUUCUAGAAAUAACCAAUUACUCAAUAACGUUUUACAUCUAUUGUCUGUUCUCGGAAGAUUUUAGAAAUACGCUCUUAAGGACAUUAAAUCUUUCUGAUUCAACUCCAGCUAGAGGGUUGCUUAAGCCGCCCGGUGCGACAACAACGACUAUUACUCAGAACACACAAAAGAGUGUCUGAUACAAACGAUCUUCGGGGUCUGAGAUGACUCCGGUUUAGUUGAUUUUAAUUUUACAGAUUUGUAAUAAUUAUUCAAUACUGAGUUCUUCAAUAUUAGAAAAAGAUGUGAAGGACUUCAGGUUCAGGAGGUUUUUAUAUAUAAAAAUUACUGUGUUAAUAUGCAUUCCAUUUAGAAGUAAACUUUCAGAAACGUAAACUGUUAAGUGUAUAUAACCUCAAUUUUAUAUUUGAAACGUAGUUUUAUAGCGAUUUAAAUGGUAUUUUUACAUCAUGUAGCGGCGCAUUUAAAUAAUACAAAAUGUAAUGUUCAAAUAAAUCGACUGGAAAUUGUUAUAAUUGCGAUAUUAACUAAUGAAGCUCAGGUUAAACUCAUAGUUUUUUUUGUGAUAUACCAAAGAAAGUUUAAUAUAUCGAUAAUGCGUAUAGUGGUCCACUUGUAAGUGUAUUUUAAUGUUUCUAACUUGUAAAAUAUCACAAUGGGUGGAUUAGAAUAGAAUUUACCAACAUUACCAUAUGAAAUAAUAUAAAAAUAUAAGCAGAUCACU